AUGCCCAACGAACAGACGCCGCUACUCCGCGAUCGCACCGACGGGCAGUAUGGCGUAGGCUCGGAAGAUGUACCUACACGUACACAGAGUGAGACGCACCCUACUCCAGACUUACCAUUCCGUGUCGUCGCUUAUACGUGCACUGCACUGUGGUGUGUUACCUUCCUUUGUGCACAGGACGCAACGAUUGUCGCCAUGCUUCUUGGGAAUAUCUCGUCAGCAUUCCACGCUUCCGAAAAGUCUUCGUGGAUUGGAUCCACGUUUUUGCUUAGUGUAUGCUGCGCUUCGCCGUUAUUUGGUCGUCUGUGUGACAUUAUCGGCAAGAAAAAGAGUAUUUUGAUUGCGCUCUUGUGCUUUUCCAUAGGCACCCUAUUUUGCGCGAGUGCUCCCAGCAUGACGCAAUUUCUUGUUGCGCGCACCAUUGCAGGGAUUGGCGCCGGCGGGCUUGUGACCGCGAUCAGUGUAAUUAUGACGCACCUCGUGCCGCUGCAUUCGCGCGGAAUUUACCAGGGCCUGACGAACAUUGUGUUUGGACUUGGCGUCGGCACAGGCGCGCCUGUUGGAGGAGUGCUUAAUGACACGGUCGGAUGGCGUGGCGCAUUUUAUAUACAGGUGCCUAUUCUCGUCAUUACAUUCUUUGCACUCAUGUUCUUGCUGGAGCAUGAUGAGCCGACGCAUGCGCCGCAAGAGCCGUCCUUGCUGAAGCGGCUCAAAGACGUAGACAUGCUUGGCUUGGUCGUAUUUUCCAUCGCUCCCAUUACGGCGCUAUGGGCGAUGGAUCGGGUGAGUGUGCAGGACAAGUCGCUCACCGAUCCGUACGUCUUGACUGGGCUAUGCACGUCCAUCGCUGCACUCGUCCUCUUUUACUUUGUGGAGCGCCACGGUGCAGCUGUCCCACUUGUCUCGUUAGAUAUUUACGCGCUGCGCAGCGGAUGGUCGAGUUUGUGGGCCAACUUUUUUGUGAGUGUGGGCCUCUUUGCCUACAAUUACAACUUCCCGCUCUUUUUUCAGACAGUCGGAGGCCUUUCUGCCUCGACAGUAGGCGUUCGCAUGAUGCCGGCGAGCAUAGCGCUAAGCGUAGGCAGCCUGCUUGCCGGUUUUUACAUGCGCGCUACUGGACGAUAUUAUUGGUACAAUGCUGGAUGCAUGCUUCUCGCAGCCAUCUUUACUAUUCCGGCUGCUUUUUUCAAUACCAAUCCGGCUACCAUUGCGCCAUUUGUGUACAAUAUUCCCCAGGCGUUUGGAUGUGCUGGCAUGCUUACAUGCACGCUUCUCGCCCUAAUCAACUGUGUGGAUAAGUCGACGGUCGGUGUGACAACAGGGAUGAACUACCUUUUUCGCACGACAGGCCAAGUGCUCGGUGUCUCUGUUUCUGGUGCGAUUCUGCAAUCAUUGCUCGCGAGAAACUUGCGCUACUGGAUCGUCGGGCCUGACGCCGAGGCACUUAUUGCCAAAAUUCGCCACGAGGCCACGAUUAUUCCUUCGCUGCCGCCGCAGUUCCAAGGGCCGGCACUGCAGUCCUACGCAAACGCACUGCAAUGCGUGUUUUGGCUUGUCCUACUCGCGCAGACGAUCGCAUUUGUCAUGUGCCUCUACAUAGAAGACAAGCCGCUAAAGCCUGCAGGCGGGGUGCAGCUACCGAGCGACGAAGAAGAGGUAUUGUAA